CUUGUCAUAUGAUUUCUAGUGUGUGACGUAGCAGAGGACGCCAUUAGCCUGGGCCGCAGACAGGAGGGAGAUAUACCUCCAUAUUUCGGUGUUUUCGCCGGUUUGGAGGCUCGUCACCCCUCGUUCUCCGUUCAGGCAGGUGUCUGAUGUGAGCCCGCGGGAGGAGAGCGGCCGGUUUUCCUCUGUCUGAGCUGAAGACGAGCUUCUUCUUUCGCCAUGGCGGCUGGCGGAGCAGCAGGCAGCAACAAAACAUACUCCUUCAAGGUGGUUUUAUUGGGGGAGGGCUGUGUCGGCAAGACCUCGCUGGUGCUUCGCUACUGUGAAAACAAAUUCAACGACAAGCACAUCACCACCCUGCAGGCAUCAUUCCUUACAAAGAAACUCAACAUCACAGGCAAGAGAGUCAAUCUGGCUAUUUGGGACACGGCUGGACAGGAGCGGUUUCAUGCUCUUGGGCCAAUCUACUACAGAGACUCCAACGGAGCCAUUCUGGUGUAUGACAUCACAGAUGAAGACUCUUUUCAGAAGGUGAAAAACUGGGUCAAAGAAUUAAGGAAAAUGUUGGGGAAUGACAUAUGUUUAUGUAUAGUAGGUAAUAAAAUAGAUCUGGAUAAAGAGAGGCAUGUAUCAGUGGAAGAGGCUGAGGGGUAUGCAGAGUCGGUUGGGGCAAAACACUAUCACACAUCAGCUAAAUUAAACAAAGGAAUUGAAGAAUUGUUCCUUGACCUGUGUAAAAGAAUGAUGGAGACAGCACAAUUGGAGGAGAGAUCGAAGGGGAAUGGAGCAAGUCAUGCAAACACAGGGCGUAGAGGCGUUCAGAUCAUCGACGAUGAGCCCCAGGCUGCUACUGCUGCAGCUGGCUGCUGUUCAUCAGGCUAGGACAUUUUCCCACUCUUUCUCUCUUUUGUCCUUCUCUCUCGCUCUAUUUCAAACCCAUUCUCUGUCUUUCUCUCUUUUUGUGUUUCCUCUCCCUUCAAAAAAGACUGCCGCUCUUCAUCCUCCGCUGGUUGUCUGCUUGAAGUCGUUCACUUCAGCAGAUUUAUUUCUCAGUGCUUCAUCUGUUUGGAAAGCUGCUGGAGCUAGUGGACACUAGCUAGUGGACACUCAGUCUGAUGCCAAAUGCCAAAGGCCAUCCCCUGCCGUAAACACACACAUUUUCUCUCACUGACUCUUUAAUAGCACACUGUUCUUACAGUCUGAUGAUUCCUGUUCUUUUGCGAGGAUGUUGAACAUGAUGGAUUGUUGUGCAGAAUUUUCUUUUAGUUAAAAGAUGAUUAUUAAAUAACUUAAACAUG